AUUAAAUAAAAGUUGACUAAUUAUACCUUGCUAUAGCUCUAUUCAAGUUUUAAAAAGUACAACUAUAAGUACUUAGAAGUAGUAACCGUUUUAUCAUGUCUCUAAUCAAUUCAACUACAAAAACAGCAAAUGAUAAAAACAUUGGUAAUGAUGAACAUUAUAAUAUUGCCAAAGACAACAAUCCACAACAAGAACAGCAGCAGAAAUGCGAAGUACAACUAAAGACGCCCAAUCGUUAUUUGGAGCAGCACAAAAAGCUUAGAGUUUAUAACAGCGUUGCGACAGAUUCGAGUGUACCAACAAACUUUCGUCGUGUGACAUCAACAAAUGUGAAUGAUUCUAUGUCUGUAUCACAUGAGCAGCAGAAAAAAAUGGAGCAAUCUAAAAAAUAUUUAGGUGUUGAAAAGAAUAUAAAUCAAAAAUACGACAAAAUACCGUCAAUAACCCAGUCUGGACAGCAAUCGCCACCAUUGCAUAAAGAGUUACUAAAAAUUAAACCAUCAGCACUACACCAACAGCAGCAACAAAAGUUCGAACUUUAUGAUACAAAUGACAACUAUCGCAGUUGCGACUUUAAUUUUAAUAGUAAAAAAAAUUCCACACACAUUUUCAGCACCAGCAACAAUACGAACUAUGAUAAAAAUGGAGGCUGCAUUGGUAUUUUAAGUGAAAACAACAAACCUUACAUCGAUAAGAACUUUAGCAAAAGCAUCGGUGAACGACUCGAUAAUAUCGGGAUUGAGUCUUUCCAAGUUGGCGCAGGGCCUAACUUAAGUGCAAAUAAUUUAUCAUUAAGUGGCGUCAGUAAAUCUUUAAGAACACUCGAUUCUGCACCGCAAAUCGGUAGUACGGCAUCUAUCACCAGCGAGCAGCAACUCUGUCAGUUGUACAAUUCACAGCAGCAUUCCGAUUAUAUAAUAUCAGAUUAUAUGGAAAAGAUAGCGACGCGUAUUAAUUUAUUAGAUACAGAGUUAAAAUUUGCUUGGAGUGCACUGGAUUUGUUAUCUAGUGAGUAUGGUAAAAUCUGGGCGCGGUUGGAAAAACUAGAGAAGAUCUCGUUUGAACAGCAGUCAGUUGUAAAUAAUUUAAUAGGUUUAAUAUCACUUAAACAUGAACAGCAAGAACAAAAUGAACAACAAUCUGAGUGUGUGACACAUUUAAGCUUUCUUGAUACCUCAAAAUAUACCGAGAAACAAAAGCUUACACCGUUCGAUUACUUGCUGCAAGGUGAACAAUUAUUGAUGUCUAAUUUGGUUGAAGCCGAACAACAGGCCAUUCUCUUGAAUAAUUCAGCUGCUAUAUUAUUGCAAGAUAUAAAUACGGAAUGCGCUUCCGAAAAAUAUAAUAACUUGUUACAAGAGAUGAAGAACGAUACAUUAGAUGCGCUGGAUGCCGUACGAAUAAACAGCGAACUAGAAGCGCUUGACAAGUUAUUGCAGCAACAAACAAAUAAUAUAUGCAAUUCUGGUGAAAUACAUCAGCACUUGCGAAAUGAAAACAAAAUCGGCCAUAAUAACCAUUUUCAAGUAUCAGCAGUUCGUCGUGAUCGCCAACGUAAAUAUGAGGACAAACUUGCUGUAAUGGUUGAUGACGCUAAUUUGUCGCUGGAAAAACUAUCUGAUUGUAAUGUAAGCAGCUCGUUAGUAACGCUGAACUCAGUAAACCGACAGUGUUUAAAAAAUCAACAAGUAUCAGAUAUAUUAUCAGAAGAAACCAAGUCACAUCAAGAGCCAAGUUCCCGUUUAAGCUGGCUCGACUCUUCGAAAAUAACAGAUAACGAUCUUUUACAUUAUUAUCAACAACAACUGUUGGCAAACGAUACCAAAAGUGAACUGUCUCCAGAGUUUCUGUAUAGCCGUAAGCUUUUAGGGAAACUUACACAGCCAGAAAGUUGUAAUAGUUUUGAUCAGUUUAAAGGCAGUUGUAAUGAAGCCACUAAUAUAACAGGAAGUAUGCAAAAUUUGACGAAGUUAGAUGAAGUUAGAUUCGCUGUUGCACUGCCGUCGACAGCAAUUGAGACAAAUAUAUCAGUAUCGAAUGCACGCUCAACGCAUAUCAGUCCGGAAAUUUAUUGGGAUUCGACUCAUAAUAUACGCGAAAAGAAAGAUUUUGAUAAGACAAUAGAUAUGGAUAGGAAUGAUUUUAUUAGGAAGGAUAAGUUUUUUCAACAAGUGGCCUCUAAACAAGGCGAACUCUUGCAAGCGGAUGUGGCAAUAGAAGACACGGGUGGAACAAUAUUACCAGUCGAUAUUAGAAACAAUAGUGAAGUGACCGAAGACUUUUAUAAAACACUUAAUGAGGCAUAUCGUGAUGAUACUCUGAACACAGAAAUUUCCAAUGUGGAAAGUUUAUUGCAACAUAAUGAAGUCACAAAUGAACAUAUACUGAGCAGUUUGGGCACGCGCAGCAAUUCAACUUUGGAUAUAAUACGGGAAGACAAUGAGGAGAGUGGUAUUGGCGCUAUACUUUCAAAACAUUCCGAUAUAGUUAAAUCUCAGUUAGUUUCAAAAAUAGAAGUUACAUCACCACAAGUUUUUGAAGCUUGCACAACGACAACGGCAACAAAUACAAAAACCACAACAAUAGUUACAAGAAGAACGAAAGACAUUAAAAAACACAAAAAGAAAAAGCAUCAGAAUGACGAGAUGGAAAUGCUGAACAAUCUGAAAAGCGCGCUUGCCAAAGCUGCUGCAGUUCUUACAUCCAGUCCUGUAUUAACUAAAAAAACGGCAAUGUAUUCCAGUUUUGCGUUCACCGAAGAACAAUAUCUCCAAAAUAACUCAAAUAAUGGUGACUACUAUCCAACUGCUUCAUCUUCGGAGGACGAAUGCAGAGCUAAAAAAGUUCAUGGAGCCCAAGAUCAUUAUUGUAAUCACCUGAAUGAAGACAAAACCAUACCCCUCGACAGCACUGGAGAUAUAUUGCUAAUGGAAAUAAAUAAAAUACAAGAUCUUCAAGUAUUAAGCUCGGCACAAAUUGUCACACUACGCACACUUGUUAAAAAAGAGCAUAAUUUUUUUGAAAAAAUACACCAAGUUAAUAAGAAUCUUUUAUUACUGCUUCUGAAUCCGAUAACAAUAGGCGAGGAGCUUCGUACACUUGGAAAUGAUAAAAUACGAAAGUUCGAAAGAGUUAUGAAAACCUUGGAACGUAAUAUAGACACGCUGAAAAAAUUAGUUGGCAACUCUUUUGAGGACUAUACACGAAUGUACUUAACCGAUGAUGAAUUGGUGGUGAUAAAAAAAACUGAUAAUUAUCUGGCUGAUGAUAAUGAAGUUGUGUCGAAUAUCAUGACAACAAAAAAUAAAAAACAAAAAAAAUCUAAGAAAAAGAAAACAGAAAGGAAAGAAAAUGUAAUUGGCGAUCUUGCAGAUACACAUCAGACACAAACAGUAAGUGAUACAGAUAAAAUUACACCUGUCACAAAUAGUUCCAUCGAUUGCGAUAAGACACAUUUUGACUAUAGCGCUCAUUUACUUCGAAACAAUUCCAAUUUGGACGAACAACUAAAAAUUUUAGAAACUCAAGAACAUGAGAUGCGUCUUAAAAAAUUGCAUGAUUCUACCAUAAGCCCUACAACCAACAUCAAUAAUAUUAUAAAUAAUAAAAGUGGUCUCGGACAGAAACCACAAUGCAAUUAUUUGGCUGACAUGGAUAUUGAGUCGGAGCAUAUGCUGUUACAAACAACAAAUGCAACACCUAAUAGUCAAGAUAAAACAUUGGGUCGCGCUACUUCGGUAGCAACACUUUACAAUAAUGAUGAGUAUAUAAAGUCGCUAAAGAGAAGCCUGGAGCGACACAAUAGCAUGCUUUUUCUUUUACAUUUACAACAUCCUGAAUACCAAAGUAAAACAAAAGCAUAUCAAGAUAUUUUGGCUUUGGACAUUGAUGGCAUACUCUUAGCUGGUGUUGGUGGGACUCAAAGCCCACCACCUCCAGCGCCCUACGAUGACGAUGAUGCAAAUGCAGCCAUUGAUAGCAAUAACGAUGAUGCUCAAAAAAAGGCGACUUUGCAGUUGGUAAAUGAUGACACCGAUGCAGAUAUAGCUAACCUAUCGGUACUAUCAAUAAACGCCUCAAAUCCAUUUCAUACACAUAGCGCGUCAUAUGACAAUGCGAAAUUAGAAUUGUUAAAUGAGACACCAAAACAAACGAAAUCGAAUUCUGACCUUUCAUCUAUAAACCGUUUGUCAAGCUGGGAGAAGUCGCUAAACUCUACGCUAUGCGGUGUUGGCGUUGUUAGUACGAACGCUGAUAAAUACAAUCCAUUUCUUAAUAAGUGUAUGAGUUUGCAGUUACUAAUGUCUGAAGAUUUGGAAUCAGUAAAUAAUAGAGCCACUAAUUUCUGUAGUUCCAGGUUGAAUUCAAAGCCUUGGAUGACAGCCGAUCUAGAUUCGGAUAAUGGUGGUUUGAGUUUAAAUGAUACUAGCUCUACUGAAAUAGAAUUGGAGAUCACAACACGUGCCGUUACCAUAGCGACUGCUAAUUCUGUUAUUCCAACGAUUAUUAGUACAACUAAUGCCACUUUUUCCAACACUGGCGAUAAAAUAAAGCAAAAAAAUAAUUUAAUGCCCAUACAGCAAGCGAGGGAAAAUAAUUACCUGUUGAAUGAAGAAAAUUUGAACUAUAUAUGUGAGUUAUCUAAGAAUAUGCCCAUUUGUUCCGUCUAUGAGAGCAAAUCCAUUUUCAAUAAACUCAAAGUUGGUACCAUGGAUGAGCAUGUACGAACUGUCGAUGAAGUCCUUGAGUGGGGUCAUCGGCAGCGACAACGGCAGACACCAAAGAGACAGCAAAGUGUGGCAAAUAUGUUAGGUGAUCACAACCGGCGUAUGCCGGAUCUUUUGCGAAGACCCACAUAUACAACUACGCUUGGAGGGGUCGGAAGGAUCACUUCCGAUAGGAAAAGUAUACAGUCUGAGGGUAGGUGUGAAUCAUCCCAAACACAUAAAGGACAACUCACUGAUCGUCUCGUUUAUUAUCCGACAUCUAAUGAUAUUAAAGAUUAUAAUAGCUGCAAUAAUCUAAAUUUUUUGGAUAAGAACCAUUUGGAGCACCCUUAUCAACAUCAACCUCAUCAGCAAAUGUCAUAUAAUCAUGGUUUUAGCUGCUUAGCUCCCACCAAUUUUUCUAAUGUGUCAGUAAAAAAGGCAGUAAACACACAUCACCAACAUUACAUGCUACAUCGUUCUUCACCAGCCGUCAAUGAACAAAGCAAUCGAAUAUUCAAACAGAAUAAUUUUAACGGUUCUCGAAAUUAUGUAUUUCAAUCCAAACAGCACAAGAAUGCAGAGUUGUCCACUUCCUAUGUUUUACGCGGUGCGCAUUAUGAUGCCAAAGCAGUACAAGAUAUUGACAUAGUAGCAUCUUCAACGUCUGCCGACAUAGUUGGUUUAUCCGGUAGUGAAACAACAUCAAGCACUACAUUUAAAGUUUGGAAUAAGUUUACUAAUUUUUUGCCGGACAAUUUAAAAUUGAAGCGAUCUUUACGAUAUGGUCGUUCUCGGUCAUUGCCUACGAGCCAUGACAAUUACUCGGAAGAUAGAGGAUCUUUUCAAACAAGCCAAGAUGAUUGUUACCCUUCAAUUGCUGAUCAUAUGGCAUCAUUCAAUGUGUCUCGUGAGAACAUGACACAUAAAGGUAAUGUGUCAUUGCAUAAAGUGGCUACGGAGCCAAAAAAAUGCUGGCAGCAACAGCAGCGUGGCAAUAAACAUUCUCGUAGCAGUUUCGAAUUUUCAAAACGUUUAUACAAACUACCCACAAAGCUGGUGCAGCAUGCUACUCCUACUGGUGCAGUCCCCGUUGGUAGCGCAAUUACAUCAGACAUAAUUGCUGCCCGCAAUUUAAAUUGCGUGGAUACAACUAACAAGACUGUAGCUGGUAACCAUAAAAAACGUUCAAGGUUUUCAGCGACUGUAAAUAAUUUAAUGCAGAAAGCCAAAACUGGAUACAGGCGUCACAGUUUUGUAGCUCGUGGAAUUACAGAUUCUCGUGCUGCGGCUAUAGUAUAUAGUGUAUCAGAUACAGAGGCGGAUGUACCCAGUUUUAUUUCUUCGGAUAAUGAAGGCUCUAUAGUCAGUGAUAUUGAAAAUUUUAGUACAUUUUCAGUGGAUACUAACGGACGUGAUGAUGGAUGCGAUACUGCAAUAUAUGAGGCAAAUAAACCUCAACUUCAGUCAUACGGUAUACAGUUUUUUAGUAAAGAGCUUGAAGUCAGAGAAGGUGAUGACGGGGACAACUAUAAGGGAGUUGUGUCUUCCGAUAUAAAAGAUAGUGGGCUGAGUGAUGUUGCUCAAGUUAAGGAUAAUGAAGAAGGUGGCCACAUAUUUGGGCAGAAUGAAAUUAAAGAAAAUGAAAUGCAUGAUUUAACCGUCAGAGUGACUCCUUCGAACACAUUUAUAAGUCACAAAGAAAAGGUUACGGCAGAUACAAAGGAAAACGAAGUUCUUGAUUUACAGUCAAAAGUAUUGAAACCACCAGAUCAAUAUAUAAUUAAGAUUACGGGAGGAUUUAAAAGUCAGCAAAAUCAAGUUGAAACCAAAUUACGUAGUGCAAACAAAUCAGUUUUAACAAAAUAUAAUUCAAAGGCGAUGGAUAAUUCUCACGUAUUGCUGGACUUUGUAAGAACUCCCAAUCAAGUGACUACUGUUGUGGAUAAGAAAGAAGGGAAAUAUAAUGAUGAUGGUGUUUCAAAUGAAACAGAAGUACCAUCAAUAGCUGUAGCAACAGCUGAUAACUCACAUCCACCACUAUUACCGAUAACAAGUGAGUUUACUAAUCGAAGUUUGGCAGCACAACAGUCGCUUGAUGUCUCUCUAGGUUUAACUGAAGAAGAUGACAAUCGCAGUCAGUAUUCUUUCCGCACGCUGUCGUCAUCACGUCGUCAAAGCACUGAGGAUAGCAUUGAUACAGAUGAUGAAUACUUUUGUUAUGAGCUAAGGCAGUUGGAAGAAUUGGAACAGCAACGAAAAGCUGAAUACCUAGAUGAAAGUGAUAAGAAGUCACCGGUAGGCAUAUCCCUGGUUGAUAAUGUACGAUUGUUUUCACAAAUCGAUCAAUUGACUCUAAGAAGUACAACUUGCUAUAAUAACUCCCAACACAUAAAUACAUAUGCUACAUUUGAUAAUGACAAUAAAGUUGUUAAUAAUACCGUGUUGCAAUUUUCCGCUGAAAACGAACCAGACGAAGCUAUUAAACAGCUUAUGUGUGAAGUCCUAAGAGAAUUGAAAUGUGUUGUCAAGGAAAUACCAGCAAUAGACAACGUAAAAGUGGAGUCACCAUUUAAAGUAGAGAUGAAAUCUUCACAAAACCGCUUUUCCACGAAAUCAACCGUCUCAAGUAACUUUGAACGUGUGACAAAAGUUACUGAUUUGCAUAGCGCGUGGCAAGAUAUUAAUGGAGAUGAUUCGCAACAUGGGUAUUCUGAUAUGGAUGCUGAGGAACAUGCUCUGGAGGAAAUUGGUAGCAGUGAAAUUAUGGAUGAAGGCAGUACGAUGAAUAUAUUCGUAUACGCUGAUAAUGCAGCCCGCAAUAAAUUCACAAAAUGUCAUAACCUUUAUCAGCAACAACCAGAACAGAAAACACAGCACAUUAGUGGUGAACGUGUAGCUCAACAUAAGCGUUUUCGCAAACGACGUGAUCGCCGACGGAUGACGGAUAAUAACAACGAUAAGGAUAAUGAAGCAACUAAUCAUGAUCCGCAGCAUCAACAUAUCACUACCUCUUCAUGUUCAUCUGAAGAGGAAGUGGUCAGCGGAAUUAAACUUUGUAAAGAUAAGACAAAAACGAGUCAAGGGGGUGGUAGCAGUAGCUGCGAUAAGCAUAAACGGGCAACCAUAGCUAGAAUUAUACCAAAUAAAAGGGAAAGUUCUACCAAACCAACGCAAAAUGACCUGUUGCUAAAUUCUGCUACGAAAGCAAAUGGGAUGGAUGAAGAUAUAUAUGUUGAUUUUAACGAGGAUGAUGAUGUAAAUAAUGUGAGUAUGUCAUCCAGUGCCACCCUUGGUCCAGAUACACCAGCUGAACUAAGUGAGGAACUGGAAGGCGACCAGAAUAUUUAUAAGACCGUUCCAAGCUAUCAAGCAUUUAAAGGCAAUCAAGAAAGCAUUGAAGUAUCUAACAGAAGUUUGAGGGUGGAACAAAAUUUGACUGAUGCUGAGGACGAAAAUACCGGGUUAGAAAUUAAUCAUACAACCGCUCCAACUGUUAACCAGAUUCAUGAGCAUUUAACAAAACUUGAGGAAGAAACACAAGACAACACACAAAGGGAAAUGCAUCUAUUAAGUCAUGAUUCUAGUGCUGAAGUUAGUGGGACGCAAGGUACAAAUAUCAAUACAUCAGUACUUGGGAGUAGCAAAUGGAAACUUCUGAAAACUCUCAAAGAACGGAAAAUCGAAGAAAAAAAUUAUCAAGUUAAAGCUAAAGACGAGGAAUGUAGUAAAGAUCGUGAAAAGAAUGGCAGUGGACCUGGUGAUAUUGGCAUACGGGGUAGCGGGCACCCGGGAGACAAUCCAUUCUACAGUAACAUUGACAGCAUGCCAGAUAUACGUCCUCGUCGGAAAUCCAUUCCACUCGUUUCAGAACUUGUGCUCAAGACAAUGGCAGCCACCAAGCGCAAUGCCGGAUUAACAUCAGCCGUACCACGAGCCACUUUGAAUGACGAAGAACUGAAAAUGCACGUUUACAAAAAGGCUCUACAAGCGCUUAUUUAUCCAAUUUCGUCAACAACCCCACAUAAUUUCGUACUGUGGACUGCAACAUCGCCAACUUACUGUUACGAAUGUGAAGGAUUGCUAUGGGGCAUCGCACGACAGGGAGUUCGGUGUACAGAAUGUGGCGUGAAAUGCCAUGAAAAAUGCAAGGAUCUUUUAAACGCUGACUGCCUGCAAAGAGCCGCUGAAAAAAGCUCAAAGCAUGGAGCUGAAGAUAAGGCCAAUUCAAUUAUAACAGCUAUGAAGGAUCGCAUGAAGCAGCGUGAACGUGAAAAGCCUGAAAUUUUCGAAUUAAUCCGGAUGACAUUUGGUGUGGAUCCAGAUACACACAUAGAUUCAUUAGAACAAGCCGAACUCGCAACUGUUGAGGGAACAUCCAAAUGGUCAUGCAAGUUAACAAUUACAGUGAUAUGUGCUCAAGGCCUGAUAGCGAAGGAUAAAAGCGGUACCAGUGAUCCCUAUGUGACGGUGCAAGUUAGCAAGGUGAAAAAGCGUACACGUACAAUGCCGCAGGAGUUAAAUCCUGUGUGGAAUGAGAAGUUUCACUUCGAGUGUCACAACUCAUCAGAUAGGAUAAAAGUUCGCGUCUGGGAUGAAGACAAUGAUCUGAAAUCCAAAUUGCGUCAGAAGUUAACUCGAGAAUCUGAUGACUUUUUGGGUCAGACAAUCAUCGAAGUACGCACACUUUCAGGUGAAAUGGAUGUUUGGUAUAAUUUAGAAAAGCGUACGGACAAAUCAGCGGUAUCUGGAGCCAUACGUUUACAUAUUUCAGUGGAAAUCAAGGGAGAGGAAAAAGUCGCUCCAUACCAUGUACAGUACACAUGUUUGCAUGAAAACAUUUUUCAUUAUUUAUGCGAAGAAAAUUGCGGAAUGGUUAAACUACCACAACAGAAGGGGGAUGAUGCAUGGAAGCUUUAUUUUGACGAAAUUCCCGAGGAGAUUGUUGACGAGUUUGCUAUGCGAUAUGGCAUUGAAAAUAUAUACCAAGCAAUGACUCACUUUCACUGCCUGUCUACCAAAUAUUUAUGCCCUGGGGUUCCGGCUGUAAUGAGUACGUUAUUAGCAAACAUCAACGCAUAUUAUGCGCAUACAACAGCAUCGUCAGCCGUAUCGGCAAGUGAUCGUUUUGCCGCUAGUAACUUUGGUAAAGAAAAAUUCGUAAAAUUAUUAGAUCAACUGCACAAUUCACUACGAAUUGAUCUCUCUAUGUACCGCAACAAUUUCCCAGCGACUAGUCAAGAAAAACUAAUGGACCUCAAAUCAACCGUAGAUUUGUUGACCAGUAUCACAUUCUUUCGUAUGAAGGUUCAAGAACUCUCUAGUCCACCACGAGCGAGUACAGUUGUCAAGGAUUGCGUGAAGGCUUGUCUUAGAUCCACCUAUCAAUUCCUGUUCGAAAAUUGUUAUGAACUUUAUAAUAGGGAGUUUCAGGUGGAUCCAAACGAAGCAAAACGUGACUCUGACGACCACGGCCCUAAAUUAGAUAACGUUGACUUCUGGCAUAAGCUAAUCGCCUUAAUUGUGUCCGUGAUCGACGAAGAUAAAAACAGUUAUGGUACCGUACUGAACCAGUUUCCACAGGAAUUGAAUAUUGGGCAGGUAAGCCGCUUACAGUAGUAAUUGGAUGUUUCUGAUAAUAUUGUACGUAAUUUGUAAUUGCUAAAUCGGAAAUUAAAGUUUCGUAUUGAAUCUGCUAAUCAGAA